GCCAUCACCGUCGGUAGUUGUCUCCGUUAUGGCGUCGGCACUUCGAGCGAGGCUUUCGCUUUCGGAGUCGUGCUCACGACAACGUGCGUUUGUGUCACAGUGCAGCGCAUUCCGCUUCGUUUAAACGUCGCUGUGAAAGUGUGGCAGUUUUAUAGCGUUACUGAGACCUUUCCGCAGCAGUGCGCUGCUCCGCCUCUUGUGUUGUCGUCUGCUACACCCCGCCAGAGGGUGUAGACAGGACAGCGCUUUCGUUCCUGUUUACAAUAGUGGGAGUGAUUCCGAAAAGAGAACACCAUUUGUGAAGCGACAGGGUGUGGUCUACUGUGUGUUUUGAGACCUCUCCCAUGAGUGCAACGCACGCGUAGAAACUUUUCCUUGCCGAAACGUCCCGUGUUUUGCGCGGAGUGAACCCGGCGGACCGGCGGCGGCAUGGGUAAACGCCCGCGCUCGGCGAUCGCCACGGCGGUGCCCUCUGCGCAUGCGCCAGCGCGGGGGCCCAAGAUGGCCGGCCACCUGGCCGCCCUGACUGCCGACGGUGGAAUACCGCUACUGACGCGGAAGAUAGGGGACGUCAAACCGCUCCCAUUCGCGUCGGUAGGCACGCUCAACGGCGUCCACCUGUUCUCGCACCUGAGGGGCGCUUCCCUGCACAGCACAACCACCAAAGGAGCCAAGGCCGUCUGGAGGAGUUACCACGACAGCGUGGUGUUACUGGUGGUGACGAACAACGACAACUCAAACGACGAACACCUGAACCGGCUGCUGGACAACGUGUUCGCCGCCAUGGUGAUGGCCGUGGGGCUGGAGACCUUGCAGACCAUACAUAACGUCGACAGGCUCAAGCGGGAACUCAGGGUUUGUUAUCCCGUGGUGGAUCACUUGUUGUGCCAACUGGAUCAAGAUGCUUGCACACUCGGUGACCUCACUGGUGUCACUGACUUUAUCCUAUGUACAGAAAGCCAGGCACUCCAGCACUACUUGGACACGUUCGUGGAGGAAGUGGACAGCCUGUACGGCUGCCUCCUGGUGCGAGGCAAGGUGGCCGUGGCCACCAAGCAGUGGAUGUGCCUCACCCGCGAGGAGACCACGCUGCUAGCCAUUGCCGCUCGCGCAGGCACUCGCUGCAUCUCACGCGAGACGCCUGUCUACCUGCCCACCAGCUGCCCUCUGGUAAGCAACCGCCUCGUCACGCUGCAGUUGACGCAGGGGGUUGAAUUGUGCUUACUCUGCGGACCAGCACCAUCUUUACCAGUUCUUGAGGAAGAGGUGUGCAGGUUCUGGAAUGAAGCUUUCGACUUGCUCAAAACGGCCGCUAGUGUGCACCCGAGAAACUUUCCACUCAGCUCGACGUCCGAUAAGAAGACUGUGACGUUGCCUUCCCUCGACAAGAACAUCUUGGGGUUCCUCCUGGUCAACACGAAGAAGCAGCGAAGCUUGACAAGUGUGCACCCCGUAGAGGAUGAGAUUGGCCGCACAAAAGACGGCAAGUGCGUCAGCCUGCGGAAACGCCAGGAGAUGCUGCGCGCCCUGUACAAGCUGGUCAACUCCGCCUACUUCACAACGACGACAACACCAGCGACGGAUGAUGUUGCAGGGGCAGCCCCAAAUGCAGGCAGUUCAAGCCACCAGGUUACAGAAGUGUACAUGUGUACAGAAACACACAAGAACUAUGCCCUUCGAAAUAACGAUUAUCAACUGUACAUUUUGUUCUCAUCAUCUAUACCAACAUUUGCCAUGAGAUCCGUCAGCCACAAAACUCUCAAGGCUCUGACAACCAACAAAGUCUGUGUUCUCUGACAGUACAGCAUGGACCCUGGCAUGACAACCUUAAUCUAGUCUGUGAUAUUUACCUAAGCAAACCCUGUAUAGUGUCCUGCAUUUCAAUUACCUCACAGAGAGAUAAUAUAUUAGCACAGGAUUGCUGUGCAACGGUUGUGACGUUUCUGUAAAGCUUAUCUACGAUGGCUGCCUUUGGUGAGACGACAGCAACACAAUUGUUGAUUGUCAUAGGACAGUUUGCCUUUAAGGAACUUCCCCAUGCUCGAGAGAAAUGAAGCGCAUAUGGGCAGCCAAAUUGAUUUCAAUAUUUUUGUUGUUGUAAUUAACAUGUCUCCCGUCAAAACGCGACUGUGAGCUUAUGCCAUUGUGAAUUUGCCUAAGUGCGUUGGCGGGCUAGUUGGUUGUUCAUGCUAAGUUUCUACAGCGCGACUGGACGCGGACGGAGAAGUGUGUGUGUGUGCUUGCGUGUUCCUUCUCCGUCCGCGUCCAGUUGCGCUGUAGAAAAUUAGCAUGAAUUUGCCUGUCAGGUUAACAUUAUUCCUCUUUUUAAAAAACAUGGCAUGCCCAUCACAUAAAGAAGUCGCUUACUGUUUAAUAGUAUAUCAGGAAAAAUAAUGGCCUUUUAUCCAAAAACUUCAAAUCAGUGCUGUUAAUUUGGAUCUUCGAUCCCACAGUUGCUUUGCUGGGGUGUUGCAUACAAAAGAUGUGGCAUUAGUUUCACCCCCUCCCAUGGCGUAUGCAUUUUCAAGGUGACAAAAAAAAGUAUACAUAUAAAAUAGGAUUUUGUCAUGGAAAGUGGCAAAAGUUAGAUUUGCAGAAAUUUUGCAGAAAUUCUUUUUUUCUGCAUAGAAAGAACUAUGGAACCCCUGCCUCUCAUAUACGGAGGUGGAUCAAUCAUAAACAAGUGCCUUUCGCUUCAGCAAAGUAGGUGCCUAAGGCAGCAAUGGUUGGUUUGCAGUGAUUGGAGUAUGUAAACUAAGACAGUUGUGCAUGCAAGAAAAACUUGGAUGCAACUGGUAAAAGGUCCCAUGCUCUUACAGAACGUGCUAGUCACUGUAGCAGCAAAAGCUCUUUCUAGGCUUUUGAAUGUGUGCCACUGAAUGAAUGUUUCUGUACCAAUUACAGUAGACUCGUAAUCAUUCAAACUCCUUGACAUCCUGGAUACAGAACUGUUUAUGAGUAAUUUGUAGUACGAUAAAAAAAAGAAUUAUGGACUAUCAUACAAACAGAUGUACCCAUAAAGUAACAUGCAAGAAUGACUGAACAGUCACUGUCUGGCUUUAUGGAUCAGACAAGAAAAUUUAAAAUGUCAGAGCUAGGAAUGUACAGUCGAGUUAGUGGCAGUGUUUAGCAACACCCUCUACAAUUGCAUUAGGGCACACCUAUGACCAUUUAUUUUUCAUAAUAUCCCACCACUGGCUAAAGUUGGCUGCAUUGCUCUUGCCUGGAAAUGACCUCCCGAAAGCCUUGUUUGAGUGUAUCGGUUUUAAGAUUAAAUGAAAAGGUAACUUGGCAAUAAAAAUUUUGAGACCUGUUUGCAUUAACCAACGACCUAAAUUACCGGAGUCUGAAUUAUGACGAGUCGACUGUUAGUGCAAAGGCCCCAGUACUCUGCGAGAAAGAAAUGGCUAUUGACGUUAUGUACAUACUAAUUUAUUUCUGUGACGAGAAUGCAAGCUUGGAAAGAUGGAGUGAUGUAAUGUAAAAAGCAAUCCUUCGCAAUCACACUUUUUCACUUGCACAUUGCUUCGAUGAUGAGCUUGACACAAGGACUUUACGUUCACCAAUGUGCAACACUCCAAGAAAAGAAGAGAAGAAUGCGAGAGGUGCACGGGUAGCCAACACACAAUGCCAGCAAGAGAGAACAAGUUUUAACAUUGUACAUAAACAAGCAAGUGGAUGGAAUCUGAUGCGUGUGUGCAUUUUCUAGUCGGCAUGAAUAAACAGGAGCCUCUAUGUUUUUUUU